CACAUGGGAAAUAAUAAUAAUAAUGUGACAGAAUUUGUCCUUCUUGGCCUCACUCAGGAUCCUGAGGGACAGAACACAUUAUUUGUCAUUAUUUUCCUCAUCUACAUUGUGACAAUGGUGGACAAACUACUCAUUUUGGUGACUGUUUUUGGCAGCCCCUCUCUGGACUACCCCAUGUGCUUCUUCCUCGCCUACCUGUCACUUAUGGAUGCUGUUUAUUCCACUGUCAUCUCACCCAAACUGAUUAUAGACUUACUCUGGGACAGAAAAACCAUUUCCUUCCCAGGUUGCAUGGGCCAGCUCUUCCUAGAACACCUCUUUGGGGGUUCGGAGGUCUUCCUUCUGGUGGCCAUGGCCUAUGAUCGCUAUGUGGCCAUCUGUAGGCCACUGCAUUACUUGACUGUUAUGAAUCGACAGGUUUGCAUCCUGCUGUUAGUGGCAGCCUGGAUUGGAGGUCUUGUGCACUCUAUGCUUCAGCUUCUUUUUGUGUAUAGCCUCCCAUUUUGUGGCCCCAAUGUCAUCAACCACUUUAUCUGUGACAUGUACCCAUUAUCAGAACUUGCCUGCACUGACACUUAUGUGAUAGGCCUCACUGUGGUUGUCAAUAGUGGAACAAUCUGCAUGGUCAUCUUUAUCUUUCUACUCAUCUCCUAUUGAGUCAUUCUCAAUUCUCUUAAAAGCCACAGUCUGGAAGGGAGGCAUAAAGCCUUGUCUACUUGCAGUUCCCACACCACAGUGGUUGUCCUUUUUUUUAUUCCCUGCAUUUUCAUGUAUGUUAGACCUGUUUCCAACUUUCCCAUUGAUAAAUCUGUAACUCUGGUUUAUACAGUGAUCACUCCCACGUUAAAUCCUUUAAUAUACACUUUACGAUAUUCAGAGAUGAAAAAUGCUAUGAAAAAAUUCUGGUGUAACAAUUUAACCAAAGAAAGAAUAAGAAUGUGUCACAGUGAACCCACAUUAAUUAUAAAGCAAGAAAUAGGUAAUAAAUUCUAA